AUGCCAGAUAUAUUAGUGACUCCCUUGGGAGCUGGCCAAGAUGUGGGCCGAAGUUGCAUUCUUCUUCAGAUGGGAGGAAAGAACAUUAUGCUGGAUUGUGGUAUGCACAUGGGCUAUUCUGAUGAAAGAAAAUUUCCAGACUUCUCAUACAUUGGAGAAGGAGACCUGACAGAUUUUCUGGACUGUGUUAUUGUCACCCAUUUUCAUUUGGAUCACUGUGGUGCCUUGCCUUAUUUCACAGAAAUGGUAGGCUAUUCUGGACCCAUCUACAUGACUCAUCCAACAAAAGCCAUCUGCCCUCACCUUCUAGAGGACAUGAGAAAGUUAUCUGUUGAUAGGAAAGGUGAUGUGAAUAUGUUCACAUCUCAAAUGAUAAAGGACUGCAUGAAAAAAGUCACUGCAGUCAAUCUCCACCAGGUUGUUCAAGUGGAUCCAGAGCUUCAGAUCAAGCCCUAUUAUGCAGGACAUGUGUUAGGAGCAGCAAUGUAUCUUAUCCAAGUAGGUCCAUUAUCUGUGGUUUAUACUGGUGACUAUAACAUGACUCCAGACAGGCAUUUAGGAGCCGCAUGGAUUGACAAGUGUCACCCAGACCUCCUCAUCACAGAAUCCACAUAUGCCACAACCAUUCGGGAUUCAAAACGAUGUAGAGAAAGAGAUCUCCUUAAAAAGCUUCAUGACUCCAUAGAAAGGGGAGGGAAAGUUCUGAUCCCAGUCUUUGCCCUUGGUAGAGCACAAGAGUUGUGCAUUCUCCUGGAGACCUAUUGGGAAAGAAUGAAUCUUCAGGUUCCUAUAUACUUUGCUGUAGGCUUGACAGAGAAAGCUAAUAACUAUUACAAGAUGUUCAUCACUUGGACAAAUGAGAAGAUACGAAAAACAUUUGUGAAGCGGAAUAUGUUUGACUUCAAACAUAUCCAUGCAUUUGACAAGUCAUAUAUUGAUAACCCUGGACCUAUGGUGGUAUUUGCAACACCUGGAAUGCUUCAUGGUGGGUUGGCAUUGCAGAUCUUCAGGAAGUGGGCUCCCGAUGAGAACAACAUGGUGAUAAUGCCUGGAUACUGUGUUCAAGGUACAGUUGGAUAUAAGAUUCUCAAUGGUGCAAAGAAAGUGGAAAUAGAUGGCACUGUAGUGGAUGUGAAAUUGACUGUUCAGUACAUGUCAUUCUCUGCUCAUGCUGAUGCCAAGGGAAUUAUGCAACUCAUCAGGUACUGUGAACCAAAGAAUGUAAUGCUUGUUCAUGGUGAAAAUGAGAAGAUGGAUUUCCUUCGCAACAAAAUCAUUCAGGAGUUUGGCAUUGAAUGUGUGAAACCUGGUAAUGGCGAAAUGGCUCGAAUUCAAGUUGAAGUCCCUCUUGAAGUGGACAUUUCAAAGAGACUUCUGAAGCGUACACAAGCAAUGGGAGAACUGGAGGAAGGAAAAGGAACGAAGCGCAGUUUUCUUCUGCAUGGAGCCUUGCUUCUUACUGACAACAAGCUUCGAGUUAUUGAAGCAGACAGAGUGUAUGAGGAAGUUGGCAUUCCCAAGCAUGAGGUACGAUCCACAGCUAAUGUUCGUCUGAGUGAUCCAAGACCAUUGGCAAAUACCAGAGAAAGUUUACAUCAACUUGUGCAGAGCCGAGUGAAAGGGGAACGCCAGGUUGUGAUGACUGAUGGUACUAUAUCUGUUGACUCAGUUCUUGUUCAGGUUGAUGGAGAUGAAGAUGAGAAGACUGUUCUAGUGUCAUGGGGAUAUCAGGAUGAAGCUCUUGGGACAUAUCUGUUGAGGGAAAUUGAACUCAUGGGGAAAUGA